AUGAAAAAUAAUAAAUUCAAAUUUAUAUCUUCAAAUGAAAAUAUUCGAUUUGUUUAUUUUGAACUUUCACCAAUUAUAUCAAUUGAUAAUGAUGAUGAUAUUUUUUCAAUUGAGCAACCUACUGUUCAUCAAUCAAAUAAACAAAAAUUUUAUUUUAAAAAUCAUGAUAAUUCAACCAAAAAAAAUUCAUCAAAAAUUGAAACAAAUACUCCAUCUACAGAAAUUCCUAUAAACAAUUCUCAAUUUUCAUUAACAAAAAUUGAUUCAAUUCCAUCAUCUACUUAUGCACGAACAAAUUCACUUGAUUGGAAUUUCAUAUCAUCUAAUAAUAAUAAUCCAAUAACAAUUGAUCCAUCAAGUGAACAAUCAACAUCUUUAUCAAAUCAUCAAUCAAAUGAAAAUAUUCCAAAUUAUACACUUCAAUUAUCUUUAAUCUCAUCUGGUGAUGAUGGCAUAAUUGUACCUAUGGAGCAUGAUACACCAUCAACAAAUCGAAACGUUUAUCUUAUUAGAGCAUAUCCAACAGCAUUAGAUAUUCCAACUCAAUCACCACUACCAACUAAGUCGAAUACAUCAACAAAACCAAAAUAUGAAAAAGAACUCUCAGCUGAAGAACGAAAAAAACUUCAUAACAGAACGUGCACGUUAAAGCAAAGAACAAGAUAUUUCCAUCACAAAAUUACCAAAAAAAAUAUUGAUAAACGUUUUACUAUUAAACAAAUAAAAAAGAUUUUAAAACAACAUGAUAUACCAGUUACAGCUGUAAAUUUUUUACGUUCACCAAAUACAAAUGAAAAAACAUUAGCUAUUGGAUUAAAAGACAUAACCAAAUUAUCAACAUAUGAAGAUAUAGUCGUCGACUUAUUUACAAAACAACAUUAUGAACAAAUUCGACAUAACAAAUCCAAAUCUCGAUCAUCAACUCGUCGUCAUUUGAAUCAUCAUCAUUUCUAA